UAACCAUCGCGGACCUCCAUCUUGGUUCCGUGUAGACAUCCGGUAGCAGCUAUCGCAGCUUGUAAUUAUGGCAACAGUCGAGACAAAGUAAGUUAAACAACAUAUUUAAACUUGCUUUUCUGUUAUGCAGAUAUUUCCGUAUGGCCUUAAUGAUGUGUUCAUGACUGGGAGCAUUAUUUGAAUUCGUGAGUUUCUUUCUCUCUUUCUCUCAAUUUCAAUGUGGAGCAUCUCAGUCGACGUCAAAAUAUUACAAUAUAAAACGAUAGGUAAUAGUUCUAUAAUAUUAAGCAAUCAAAUUGUUUUUAACAUUGAACCAGUAACGAAUUCAUACAAAUUAUGGGGGUAUUGUUUAGAAAUAGCCUUAGGCAUCCACAACUUGUAACAUAUUGAUUUAAGAAUUUGUAUUGAAAAAUUUACCCUCUAAAGUAGAACACUUCAGACUCUAGUUUGUAAGAACAAAUUGAUGGUAUCUUCUGAUCUUUGUGAAAUGGAAAUUGCAGUUACUGUAUUACCUAACAGUUUUUAUUAUCAACUUAAUGGCUAUUAUUGCCAACUUUUCUUCUUUAUUUAUAUAAAACGAGUAGAUUCCAAAUUUCCACGCGUCUGUUCAGCAAUAGAUCAAAGAUGUCAAAAUGUGCCUUUUUUCGUUUUGACCACAAUUUGAUGUCAUUUGUGAUCUAUUCUGAACAGGCUCAUAGCAGUAUGGAAUUUGUCUCUUAAAAAGGUAAUCAGCCAAUAGUUAUAUAUACAUAAUUGUAUUAUCAAUUUGAAAAUUUUAAGGUCAUUUUAUCAGUUUGGGAACAGCUCCCUGGCUGUUCCCUUGAGCCUUCACACUAUCAACCGAAGACGACUUUGUGAGCGACUUACCGAUAACAAAGCUGUUCCAAAAGGAGCAAUGAUAUUACUUCAAGGAGGGGAGCAGCAUCAAAGAUAUUGCACAGAUGUAGAUGCUGUAUUUCGACAGGUUACAUCAUUUACAUCUUACUUGCUUAAACAUCUUUACAGUGAGAUUUUGCAAUUUUCUCUCCUUAAUAUUGUUAAAGGAAUACAGUAUUUGGAUCAUGUCUGUGAUAUGCAGCAUUGGUUGUUCAGUUGAUACAUCACUAGAUAGUCACCUGGUAGCUGAACAACACUUGAAACUUUGUGGGGGGAUGUCUCAGUCAAUAUGUGUGCCUCCUGUCUAGAAGAGACAUUUGCUAACAGCACCUUGACUGUACAUAUCACUUCACUACCAUGCUACUUUUGACCAACUUUCAAUCAGCCAUGAUAGGCUAUGUAUCAACUACUGAAUGAUGUAUGAAUAGACCAUUAAUGCAUGUAUCAGCUGAUUUAUUGGCUGUGGUUACCAACAGCACACAUAAUUCCAGCACUAAUUACUUAUGUAAUGAUAGUGGGGGUUGGUUUAUUUACAAUCCAGUGUUUGGUAUUUAGGAGAGUGUUGUUAACUUGUUCUUUUCAAACUUUUGGUGUGCUACCAGACUAAGUGUUAAUUCUCCCUUCUAGUUGUUACCCAUUUCCUUAAGAAUUAGUUUUGAGAAUUUGGUGUUAGAUCAAGACAACAACUUCUACCUGAUAUGUUUGAGUAUUCUCAUUACCUGUUUGCUGGAUAUUGUAUAGCUUUGAUAGGGAGAAGUUACAUGCUUAUCACUUCUGGGAGUUAAAGGGUGAAGACCAGCUGGCCAUCUACAUAAGGUGGUCACAUGGAGAAGAUUAAGAAGACCAAGCUGAUGUUUGAAAUGAAGUUAAUGUCAUUUGUUUCUCUCACUUUAGGAGUCAUUUUUCCACUGGACAUUUGGUGUACUAGAAGCAGGUUGUCUUGGUGCAGUUGAGGUUGGAAGCACCUGUGCUAUUUUGUUUUUUCCCAAACCUCCUCCAGGGUAUCAUAAAUGGAUUGGGGUGUAAGUCAAAAUUUGCUUAAUUUUCAAUUUAUGAUCAUCCACAAUUAUCUGGGAUGACUAGGGAAGAAUUCACAAAAACACUUAAUUUUGGUUAAAAGUUACAUCAAACCAACCCUUCAUCAAAAUGCAUACCUACUUAAGCAAUAAUGAUACAGAGGAAUGUUUCUGUUGAACACAGAACACAUGUCAUGACUGUAUGAUAUUUCUCAAAAAUUUCAUUUGUAGGAGGAACAGUUUAGAGCACUUUAGGAAACGUUAUGAAGUAGAAGAAGUCUACUACACCAACCAGGUCUGUAAAUAGCCUAAUGUAAUCCAUCCCAGUACUCUGAACAUAAGUUAUACAUUUUCAUUAGCUAGGCAGUUACAAAAGUUGGACCAGAUUAACUUGGACUGCUCAACUGGGUAAAAUCAACUAGGACUUACCUGGAUCACUUUGUAGUGAGUAAAAUUGCCUAAAACUUACUUGGAUCACUGCAAACUACAGUAAAAUUCUAAAAAAGUUAUUUAUGAAAGCCUACUUUACUUCAGAAAUCAUCAAAUGAAUGAAAUAUCUCCUCAAUUUUUCUUUGUUACUCAGAUUGCUGAUGUGUUGCAAAAGAAAAAUCCCUCUGUUAUUCUCACAUUAGUAAGUAACAUUGGAUCUGGGUGGAGCACCAAGGAACCCAAAAUGUUUUUUAUUUUAUUAAAUGUGUGACAGCACCAAACACAAGAGCCAUGUUGAGGAUCAGAUUGGAUCAAAUUUUAUUCUAAUUUGCCCAUAUAAGGUUAUAUGGCAUACAUCCUUAAUUUAAGGUUAACAUCACAUACAUUAAUAUACUUAUUUUAUUUGCAUUAAGGUUACACUUAUUAUGCUCCCACUAAGGUGUCAUGUGUAGGAGAAUUCAGAAAGUUUCUUAAACUUUUAUUUGACCAAGCCUGAUCAGCACAUCCUUCAUUUUGAGCACCUACAGUAAAUUAAUUAUUUUAAUAUUUGCUUUUUAGAAAGGUGUAAACACAGAUUCAAGGCACAUUUGCAAAGAAGCUACAUUUGAAAACAUUAACAAGUAAUUAGUUUUGGAAUUCAAUCAGGUGUUGGAUACUGUAUUGUAAUGUAAGACAAUAAUGUUAUGGUAUUAAUGUUGGAAUUCAAAUUUCAUAAUUUACCUCUCAAAGGUCUACUUUCUAAUCAACUUUUAGUUAUAGAGAUUUUGUGAGGUUCACAAUUUCCUCCUAAUACCAAAUACUAUCAAUGGUUGACCCUUUACAUCCUAUUGUCCAUACUGUUCUUUAUACAUUUCUUAAGGUGCUGAAAAAAAGAAUUGUUUAACAAUCAAGAGCUUUUUCAGUUGGUGAUCAUUUCCUUAAUCUUGUGACUAAAGUGUUUGAUUCAUAGGUGAUAUUGUAAGAAGAAAUUUGAUACCAGUCACCAUCAGUAAUUAAAGGGUUAAUGUACUGGUAAUGAAUUUGAAAAAGAAUUGUGUUUAAGCCUGAAGCACUUGGUAUAGGGCAUCAUUUUCUUUUCUUAUCUCCAGUUCACAUCAGCCAUGGAAGUUGGAAAGUAACUUAACUACACAACAUUAAUGUUUUUCCUGCUAGGUUCCAUGUAGACAAUACUAUUUUACAUCCAGAGAUUUCUGAAUGGUGAGGUGAUGUUCCUCUGUUUUGUUGACUGUCUACUUUUGAUACCUCUGGAUAAUUAAUGGGGGGAGUGGCUAUUGUGUAGGCUAACAAGAUCUUUACAAAUACCUCCAAAAUUUUGUAACUCAAAUUAAUUGGUGUUGCUGUUUUUAUGUGGGAAAAUUGGUUUGUGAUAAAUUCCCUCCCAAUAACAUAAAAUCAUUCUCCAGGUGAGGUUCAUAUUUAUAUAUCUGUAUAUUUUCUUAGUCGUGUAUUCAAAACAGCUCAGGAACUGGAAGUGAUUCGUUAUGCUAACAAAAUCAGCAGUAAAGCACACAAGGAGGUGAGUGCAUCACUACUGGGUUAUCACAAAAUAAUGUUUUAAAACCCAAAGCUAUUCUGUGUUUUACAAUUUCUGUCUGAAUUUUUAUUAUGCAAUCCCAGUUAAAUGAUGUUCAUACUCAGAAUCAGAAUAAGAUUUAAGAGGUUGAGAUGUAAGUUUGGGGAGUAUUUUGAUCAUUUAGUUUAAGUGAAGAGCUUAUUGACCCUAACCCUGAUCGUAAGUUUUUACCAACCAAGUACUCUAAUUGCCUUUCAUCCAUAGGUGAUGAAACGUAUCAGACCAGGGAUGUCCACAUAUCAAUUAGAAAGGUAUGUGUUUAAAGAUGUUAUCACAAUCUUGCUAAUCCUAAACUCAGCGGUGGAUAAAAGUGAAUCAGUAAAAUAGGUUAAUGGUUGGUAUAUGUGAUAUGAUUGAUUUUGUUUCAGUGUCAAAUUUAAGGUGAUCCUUCUAUUAAUUUCUCACAGUCUGUUCCAGCACUAUUGUUUUUAUCACGGGGGAUGCCGCCACUUAGCCUACAACUGCUUAAUGGCAAGGUACAGUCGAAUAACUGAUACAUAAGUGACAGCACUGAUCCAGCCCUCUUAGAAGCCCGUUUCUAGAGCGUUUUUUUUUUUACUAGUACGUAAAUUAUUUGUAGACAGUUGUCCUUUUUUUUAUAUAUAUUUCUUAGUGGUGUCGACUGUGCUUGUCCUUCUCAUACAGUUGAAGUGGAUAGUAAAGUUAUACAGGAUGGAGACAUGUGGUAAGUUAGGCAAUCUGAAUCUCUUUACUUCCGAGAAAAUUUACUAUAGCUCAUGAUCACUAACUACCAUAUGAAUGAAUUUUAUAACGGAAUCUUGUUUCCGUCAUUUUCCCGGAUUUCCCCCAAAAAAAUUAAGCGGAAAUUUACUCGUGUUAUUUACGUUAACUUACUAAAUCUCAACUUUGUUGAAUAAAUAAGUAAUUUUAUCACGGAGUCCGCAUAAGAGCAGGAAGAAAAGCCAUACUAGUGAUUGAAGUAUGUGAAGUCUUUUUUUCAUGGUUCAAUGUGUGAAAGUAAUUUUUGUGAGCAAAGUGUUUUUCAAACUGAAAAAAUGAAAAUAGAAUGUACAAAAACAUUUUUGCCGUACCGUAUUGCUAAGGAAGGAUGGCACCUGACUGAUAGAGGAACUCUGAACCAUGACUUGUUAUCAUUAAGCUUGUUACGCAAUUUCUCCGGCCAGCAGAAAAUAAUGGCAAGAGAAUUUGCGUUACAAGCCUAAGAGAAUCUGUUGCAAGAUUUAUCAAUUCACUUAGUUCCUAAAUCCGUCCCUAUGAGAUUCCUUGGCGCAUCUGAGGCUCGAAAUAUGUAAAAUUUCAUAACGUUUCUUUUUUUCUGUAGUCUAUUUGACAUGGGUUGUGAGUAUUACUGCUAUGCUUCAGACAUCACGUGUUCAUUUCCAGCCAAUGGCAAGUUUACAGACGAUCAGAGAAUGAUUUAUGAAAUUUGUCUGCGGGCAAACCGAGCAGUUAUGAUAGCAAUAAAACCUGGUAAAUAACAUUGUCUGUCGUAGAGUAAGAACUAUGUUUGUAGCUCUGCAAAAUUACUCGCCGUUGUUUUUUAAUUGGCAUAAUCAAUGGUCAUCGCUAAGAAUGUAAGCUUUGUCACGUGUUAUUCAGAUCCCUGUUUUGUGGCACUUGUUCCCUUUACGAUUGUCCCAUCAUCUUUCAGUUCCUGUAUGGAAAACCAGCCAUGUCGCCUAAACAUUUGUUUUCAAUGUUUAGGUGUCAGCUGGGCUGAUAUGCACCGUUUAGCAGACCGUGUUCAACUGGAGGGCCUCAAAGACAUAGGGCUCUUACAAGGGGACAUAAAUGAGAUGAUGAAGUUACAUGUGGGUGCUGUUUUUAUGCCUUAUGGUUUGGGACAUUUGAUGGGCCUUGAUGUACACGAUGUUGGAGGAUAUCCAAAGGUAUGUCAAAGAAGAUGGUUGAAGCGAUACUUAAGCUCUCUUGAUGUUGUUGUUGUUGUUUUUUUUUUAUAUCGGCGUGUGUACCUCUAAGUUUUGAUGAAUGUAUCACAAGAUUGCAUUUGAAUUAAUUACUUGCUAUUCAUAGUUUGAUAGGCUGCUAUGAAUAAGGAUAGCAAUCAACAUGACGAACUAAAUGAUUCCACGUUUUUUUUUUUUUUUCGAUCAUCGCGUAGAAUGCCGCGACACAUUUAGCGGGACUUGUCAAGACUUAAAAAUUAAAAAUUAAUUGGCGGAGCGCGCGCCACACAAUAGAGAAAAUGGCCUGAAAAUCACCAGCAUUUUUUUCUUGGUUUCACUCAAAUCACUAUGAAUAAACCACUUUUACCAUAUGGCUUUUGAAGAAGAGAGGUUAUAGAGGCUCCUUGUACCUUUGUUUUUGCUUUAGGACGUCAAGAAGACAUAUCCCAACGGGUAUGAAAACUCGCUUCUUCUACAUAUUGCUAGUACAAGAAACAGCUCUUCGCCUUCUUAUGGAAGUGAUUUUGUGAAAGGAGAAACACUUUUUCCCAGGGUUAGGGUUAAGGUUUGGGUUAGGCGAUUUUAUACGCUGGUCGCAGCGACUGGCGUAUAAAAUCGCCGACAUCUGGCAAGUCAGAUAUCGGCGACUACCUUUCGCUGUCAUUCGUUCCCGCGAUUUUCUUCUACAUACAUACAUACAUACAUUCUUUAUUUGAUAAGUAGGUUGUGUGAAAGGCAGCCAAAGGGCUGAUGUGGACCUACCGCAUAUAUAUAAAAAUUGCAUAAUAACUUAGAACUAAUCGGUGUUCUAAGACUAACAUAUAAAUCUAAAAGUAAAUGAAAUGGUCAAAUGAAAAAUUGUCAAUAGUCUUAACAUGUUUACGUAAGAUUUGUUUAAAAGAAUAAAACAAAUUCUCUUCUCUUCUCUUCUCUUCUCUUCUCUUCUCUCACCGCUGCUAAUCGCUGGUGAAAGCAACCAAUUAAAAUAAGCGACUUUAUUGUACGACUUUUCAAAACGGCUGAUGGAAGCGGAACCUGGUUUUGGACAGAUGAGAGGAGUAAAUUAAAUCGUCUAGUGUUUUGAAAAGUCCACUUUGCAGAUCGCUUUCUGAAGCGCCUCGGUUACAAAAAGAAAACGCUUUUGCUUCUCUGUCAUCAUUUUGUCCGUUUUCAUCGGUGCGCGCGAAGUAUGCAUAAAGCUGAAGUACCACUUUACGGCGAUCGGCGAAAAAAAAACGCCAAGCUUUUUCGCAUCUCAAUGGCGAAGAUCGCCUGCGAUAUUUGCUGGCGGACGAACGCGCCGCAAUCGGCGAUAAAUCGUUAAUAAGGUUGGGCGCCUUAUCCUUACUUUUUGUGCCGGAAAAACAUUUGCAAAACAUAGCCGAGAGGUUUCCCUCUCGGCUUUGUUUUGCAGUUAUAAUUUCUUCCUGUCCAUGAUUCAGUAAAAAGCAAACUAAUCGAUACGUACUCUGCUGCCAAGAAGAACACCCAAGGCGCUUUUCACUGUUCAGUCCGGAAAACAGCACACAUCAUGUAAACCUCCUCCGUUACCAAGUGAAGCCAUCCUGCAACUGAAUAACGGAACUCCAUGGUUACAUAAACGGUUUUGCUGUUUGUUACAUGAUGGUUGACGUAAUAACUACGGUUUACCCACGCACGCACGCGCACGCGCAUGUAGAUUGAAUAGCUUACCUUUUAUGCGCUGAAAAUUAAGAUAUCGGAAAUUAAAGAACAAUUCGAAGACGUUUUAGAAGAAAUUGACGAAGGAGAAGUUGAUUUAUUUGAGAGUUCAGUUUAAUGCUGAUGUUGGUGGAUAUUUCUCGAAGAAAGUUUUAAACCAGGUAUCUCCUUGUGUGUUGCAUUUAUGACCCCCUCGGCUUCGGUAACUUUGACCCUUACUCGCAAAUCUUCAAGUUGAUAAUGAUGUGAAAUUAUCUGAAGCAUCCUUGCGUGUUACAUUUUUUUCCCAUUUAAGAUAAAAUUUCCAUGACUCCUUUCAAACUUAAAAAAGGAAAUGUUUCAUCUAACGGUUCAAACGCAAUAUAUCAUAGUCAGGACAAAACAAAGUUGGUGAUCCACUUAUAAAGAACCUGGGUCGAAAAAUAAGUGUUCGAAUGUUUUUUACAGGGAACCGAAAGAAUUAAUGAACCAGGCCUCUGCUCGCUCAGAACUACCCGUGUCCUGGAGGAAGGCAUGGUGCUCACCAUUGAACCAGGAAUUCAUUUCAUUCGUGGAGUAAGUCAGAAUUUCAUGUGAAGUAUCCCAUUUGUGGGAAAACCAAGAAUAAUACUAGAACUAUCGUACGAUAAACAGUUCACAACGUUGUUCUGGGGGAGAGGGAAGGGGGAUCGGAGAAAGAGAUGCUUUAUUCAAGCGGGACAGACAUGGUAAUGUUCAGCAUAUUUGUCGCCGACUGUUGAUAAGAAUGUACGUUCAGUUUGGUUCAAGUCGUCUUUAAAUUUUUCGUUGCACAUGCAAUUGAAGGCCGGAAAUACCACUGCACUUGACGCAAGUUCAUUGAUGAUGAUGUCACUAUUGUGUGCUGGACAUGUUAUGUUGGUGUGCAACACAGAUUUACCAACUGUCACUAACUCUGCUUAUGUUUUUCGAGGUUAUCGAGGAGGCACUAGAAAAUCCUGAGACGGCGUGUUUCUUCAACCGAGAAGUCUUAAACCGAUUUUGGAAUGUUGGAGGGGUGAGAUAUUCUUGAGACUUAAUCAUUCAUUGUAGGAAGGUGUUUUACAGACUCGUACCCAGUCGUUAUUUACGUGUUUUGUGGGGAGAGAAGAUUGGAUACGAGGAUGGAUUGAGACACCCCUCUCAACACUCUUGUAUCCAAUCUUCUCUCCCCACAAAACAGGUAGAUAACGAAUGUUUACGAGUCUGGGUGUUUUAGUGACAACCACGUCUUUAUUUUUUGACCCAUGCUUUUAACUUUCAGCUGCUUCAAAUGAAACGAAUUUACUUUUGUUGAUGUUUCCAGGUCCAUAUCGAAGACGACAUAGUGGUGACGUCCGAAGGCGUGGAGCUGUUGACAGAUGUGCCUCGUACGGUAGAUGAAAUCGAGGCUCUGAUGGCUCAGGAAUCUCAAGGAUCAAACUGAUAUUUUCCUUAUAACCUCUCGAUGUAAAAAUAUUUUAUUACGCUCAGCGAAAAUUUUAGAUAAGUUUGGAUAGCCCUUUCAAUUAAAAACUAUUGUUAUUUUGUAAGGUGUAUGGGCAGUUCCGCAUAAUUGCAAUAUGCAACACGAGAACACCGCGAUGUGUUUUAAUAAAGUGGCCAUUUUCAUGCCCGGAUUGAGCAAUGGCUUUGGCUACUUCUAAUAGACGAGUGCAAAUUUACCGCUACACGACGUUUUUUCAAG